UGAUCAUUCCCGUGACACGAUGGAACCAUCUGCAGCUAAGGACUAGCCGGAUCACGGGAUGCGGGGUCAUCCUCCAACCCGUAAGCUCAGUGCCUUUAAACAAACAACGAUUGUACUCCAGGUCCACUACUGGUUGACAAACUGCAGGCAUGCGGCUGCAAUUCAACUUGCCUUUUAGGGCCAAGACACCAAACCCAAGUAUUAGCGCGGACGUACCGCCAAAUGCCAACGACCAUGUGGACCCACCUCUGUGCGCCAGAUGUCGCGCCAUCGACUUUGAUGCCAUUCUCCGGCUCAACGACGAGGUCCGUUAUGCCCGGCUCGAGGGGCUGUCGAUUUUAUCCUUGGGCAGACUACCAACACCUGAACAAGUAUCCCCAUGCCCAAUGUGUGAUCUAUUCAACCAAGUGAAAUUUGAUGGAGCAGCUACCACUCAGACGGCCUGGAAUACGAGAGAAUACCAUCUUCGAGCAUUCAGCAGCAUUGUGAAAGAAGUGGGAAUCACGCGUGAAACAGCAACAGGCGUCAAGGGACGCGAGCUUAUCGAGGCGAUCCGAUGGGGCGAUGCGUACAUGAAAAGCGACACUGAUUGUGUCAUCCUGGCGGUAUUCCCAGGCCAGGGCGAUGAUGUGCUCAAUACGAGCGAGGCCAGAGUGUAUGAUACCUGCAAACACUUGGAAGAGAGUGUCAUAAUGCCAGUUGGGGCUCCCAGUCCCCGGACGCAUGGUGGUGUGGUGCGUCCGAACCAGAUCAAUUACGAACGACUGCGAAAGUGGUUGACGGACUGCCAAAGCCAUCACGGACCCCAGUGCUCCGAGACCCCGACUCGCCCGCAUUUCGCCUUGAAAGUCAUCGACUGCCAGACUCGGAAGAUUCUUCCGUUGAAGCCAAAUUGGGACUAUUACGCUCUGAGCUACGUCUGGGGGCCACCACGCCCAGAAGACGGCGCGAUGGACCAAGUGAAAAGCCAUAAAAUGACUCUAUCAACCCGCGUACAUCCCGCCAUCGAAGACGCAAUAACGGUCGUCAAGCACCUCGGGGGGCGAUAUCUCUGGGCCGACAAAUAUUGCAUCAACCAGGAUGAUGCUCAAGAAAAGCACGACCAGAUCUCACGCAUGGACAUGAUUUAUUCUGGCGCAUAUGCCACCAUUAUCGUGGCCGGCUCUGAUGAUACCCAGUCUGGAUUACCUGGAGUGGGUGCUGUCCCGCGCCUGCAUCAACCGCAAGCUGUCUCAGGCAAGACUCGGCUGGUGUCCACGCUGCCAUCCAUCCGACGAGCUCUGACCCGCAGCCCAUGGAUCACCCGAGGCUGGACAUUCCAAGAAGUGAUUCUCUCGCGUCGAUGUCUCUUCUUCACAGACUUCCAGGUCUAUUUCAUGUGUGCCGAAACCGCCCAUUGCGAAUCCAUCAUGAUAUCACGGCCCCUCCAACAAGCCAGCCACAAUGAUGUCCUCGACCCUGAUCGCUUCACCAACAUCAGCGCCGGACACGCAGGGUACUACUCCUGGAUGCCUCCCCGACCAUGGGAAUUCCGAACCCAUCUUACGCACUAUUCAAGUCGAAACCUCUCCUAUAGCACCGACGCCAUCAACGCCUUCCGCGGCAUCCUCGCCCGCUCCACCCACACCACCUACUGGGGGAUUCCCUUUCUCUUCGAAAACUCGCCCUACCCCCUCGCCCAAGACAUCAACCUCCGCUUUGCGUGCGCCCUCGCCUGGGAACCAGUAUACACCCAGAACCCCCUCGCUCAGGAAUCCCACCUACAGCGACGCCCCGACUUCCCCAGUUGGUCCUGGGCCGGUUGGAUCGGCACAGUCUCGUACAGCUACUUUCUGUUCCGGGUCCGGUUCACCUGCGAUGAGAGUGACCUACUUCCUCAGCCUCUUUACGACCAUCCCCCAGUGCGUAUCUGGGUGACCACAAGCAAACACCACCAUAAAAAGAAACCCCCUAUCCCACUCGACCAAUACCUCCUCACCCACAACGACAAAAAGGUCCUCCCUGAAAUGACCCCACAUCUCCUCAUCGACUGCCUGGUCCUCCGGCUGAACAUCGUCUUCGCUAGUCGUUUCGGAGGCGAUCCCCCUGCAUUCUAUAUCGCCGUGAAUGGGGAAUACUCUCGGGCCCCAAUCUUGAUCUGUUGGCCGAUGCCACGGGAAGGGGAAGACAAACAUCAGGAAUUUUUAGCGGAGUGGAAUGGACUUAUUCUGUUUGAAACUCUGCAUAAUAUCCAACGCUGUGCACCAUGGGAUCAUAUUGGUAUUUUUGUAUUGUUGGUAAGGCCGGUAGGGGGGACAAAUGAGCGGAUAGGAUCGGUAUGGUUGACCAGGAAGGAACUGGGGGUGUUGGAGAUGGAGAGGAGGACGAUGCUUGUUUCUUGAGUACUUCUGAGUAUAUUUCGAAAAUACACACAUACUAUAUCGAUA